AUGAAAGGAGAUUCAAUCGACAACCUUAAAAAACUGCGUGAGACUGUCGAUAAGGACAGGUGGAUUACACAACCAGCCGUAGUAAACGCGUUUUAUAGUGCUGUUCGCAACUCCAUAACGUUCCCGGCAGGUAUUCUUCAACUGCCAUUCUACGACAAGCACCAGCCUGCGUCGAUGAAUUACGGAGCGAUUGGUGUUGUCAUUGGACAUGAACUGACACAUGGCUUUGAUGACAGAGGUCGUCAGUUUGAUAAAGAAGGGAACUUGCGUCAAUGGUGGAGUACAGAGGUGAUUGACAGAUUUGAAGAGAAAGCCAGUUGUAUCGAAAACCAGUAUUCAAAUUAUUUGGUUCCAGAAGCAAAUAUGAAGAUUAAUGGCAGAAAUACAAUGGGCGAAAAUAUUGCAGAUAACGGUGGUUUAAAGCAGUCGUUUCGAGCCUAUAAAAAUUGGAUCGGUAAACGAGGCUACGAAGAACCAUUACUUCCAGGUCUUAAUUUCACCCACGAGCAACUAUUUUUCCUUGGUUUCGCACAGGUAUGGUGCGGUAACAUGCGCCCCCAGUAUGCUCACAACCGCAUUCUGACUGGAGUUCAUAGUCCUGGCCGAUUUAGGGUAAUCGGUACUCUUCAUAAUUCAGAAGAGUUUUCCAAAGCUUUCAACUGCCCCCUCGGAAGUUACAUGAACCCCCAAAAGAAAUGUGCAGUUUGUGAAGCUCUUUCCCAGAAUGGGUAUGUGAAUUUCUCUCUCUCUCUCUCUCUCUCUCUCUCUCUCUCUCUCUCUCCCAUCUUUGAUCGAUCGAACCAAACACUUAUUUUAUAUUCUUAUAUCUAUCUAUCUAUCUAUCUAUCUAUCUAUCUAUCUAUCUUUUUUGGCGAAGUACAAUCUAUCUAUCUAUCUAUCUAUCUAUCUAUCUAUCUAUCUAUCUAUCUAUCUAAUUUUUUUACAAUAUAA